UAAAUGGAGUUUUUGAUUUUUUUCUUCUCUCUUUCCUCUCUUACAUUUAAUAAUGGCUUAAGAGAGAGGAGAGAGAGAGAGAAGUGAAGAAAGAAUACAAAGAGUUUGUGUUAAAGAUGAGUUGUUUUUUUGGAAAAAUCAAGAAAAAUACCCUUUGGGUUUUGAAAGAAGCUGGUGGGGGUGUUUGACUUUGGAGCUGAAGAGGGGUUGUUUUGCUUUUUGAGGUAAUAGUUUGGUUUUUUGUCUGAUGAUGGGUAUGAAAGUGGCAUUUGGUAGGCCUACAAGUUUGAUGGUAUUAUUUGCUGAUAACUAUUGUUUGUUAGAGGUUAAAAAGUUUUGAUCUUUGGCUUAGUUGAUAGAGAUAUUGGGAUUUUUUCCAGCUUUAGUUUUGGUGUUGAAAAGGUUGUUUUUAAGGUGAUUGAUCAUUUAUGGUUUAUCUGCACAUUGUAUGAGGGAUGUUUACACUGAAUUUGAAGGUUGGAGUUUGAUUUCUUGAUUUACUACCACCCUUUGAUGGACUUGAAGAAAUUGUCAGUAGAAAACUUGGUAAAUUUCAUAGGGGAUUUGAAGGGAAUUCUUGAAUUUGAAACUUCUUCUGAGCUAAAGGAGGAAAAGAACAGAUUUUUUACUGGUUAUCAGGUGUUCUAGGCUGAUUAAAGAAAAUGGAUGAAGAGGUUAAUUCUUGGAUUAGGAGAACAAAGUUUUCUCAUACAGUUUGUCAUAGGUUGGAUUCUGCAAGAUUGGCCUCUAUUCCUUUUACUAUUCAGUCAGAAAGAAUUGCUGGUGCAAAAACUAGACCUGGAACUGCUUCUCCUAAUCCAAGAACUGAGCCGGCCGUUGCGCGACUUCAGCGCAACCCAACUACAAACAAACAGAGGACUGAAUCACCUCAUCCAGAAACAGCAAUUUCCGAUACCUUUAAGGAAGCUCGAUCUAGUCAGAAGAGAUUCUCAACUCCACAUCCACAAAGGAAGGAACAUGAGAAGAAAAUUAUGAGCAAGUCGUUUCACAAAGAUUCCCGCGGAACAAAGUCGCCUAUGUUAAGGUCUCCUGGUUCAAGAUCUCCAGCAAAUACAAGCCCCCUUCGGCAUUUCACAUCAAUGAAGUUCCAUGAUAAAUCAAAGAGCCGGAAGGAUUCAGCAUGGAGUAGGUACUUUGAUCAUGGUGGUGGUAGGGUCAGUUCUGUAGAAACAGCAGAUGAGUAUACAAUUGAUCUUUCUAAGCUGUUUCUUGGGCUAAGAUUUGCGCACGGUGCGCACAGUCAGCUUUAUCAUGGGAAAUACAAGGAUGAGGCUGUCGCGGUGAAAAUUAUUAGAAUAACAGAUGAUGACGAAAUUGGAGCUUUAGCAACUCGAUUGGAGAAUCAGUUUAUUAGAGAAGUUACUCUCUUGUCUCGUCUCCACCAUCCAAAUGUUGUAAAGUUCGUAGGUGCAUGCAAACAACCACCAGUCUUUUGUGUUGUUACUGAGUAUCUAUCGGAGGGUUCUUUGAGAGCAUACCUGCAUAAGCUUGAGCAUAAAUCCCUAGCCCUGGGCAAAUUGAUAGCACUUGCCAUGGAUAUUGCUCGUGGAAUGGAAUAUAUUCACUCACAAGACAUUAUUCAUCGGGACCUCAAACCAGAGAAUAUACUUAUCAAUGAGGAAUUUCACCUGAAAAUUGCUGAUUUUGGAAUUGCUUGUGAGGAAGCAUACUGUGAUCUCCUGGCUGAUGAUCCAGGUACUUACCGUUGGAUGGCACCAGAGAUGAUUAAGAGAAAAUCAUAUGGCCGGAAGGUUGAUGUGUAUGGCUUUGGACUCAUUCUAUGGGAAAUGGUGGCUGGAACCAUUCCUUAUGAAGAUAUGACACCAGUACAGGCUGCUUUUGCUGUCGUAAACAAGAAUAUGCGACCACCUAUUCCUGGGGAUUGCCCUCCAGCCAUGAAAGCUUUAAUUGAACUGUGUUGGGCUCUGCAGCCAGAAAAGAGGCCUGAGUUUUGGCAGAUUGUGAAGGUACUGGAGCAGUUCGAGUCAUCAGUUGCUCAUGACGGAACUCUGAAUCCUGUGCAAAAGUCAAUGUUGCAAGAUCACAAGAAAGGGCUUCAUCAUUGGAUCCAAAAGCUUGGUCCCGUACAUCAAAAUGCUUUGUUACAUCAAACUGCUUCAUCAAUGCCAAUGCCAAAACCCAAGUUCGCUUGAAUUUGCUGGAUGAUCUGACAUUUGUGGUUUUACCAGGUCGUUGUGUAAUUAAUCUGCUUUUGGGUUACAUACUGCUGUAUAUCUCCUCCCCGCCAUUAAGCGAAUGUGAAUGUUUAGGUUGUAGGUUUGCAUUGGGUGGCCUCUGUAAUUUUAUAUGAUAGGUAAACAAAGUAUGAUCAUCAGAUCUUGAAUGCAAGUGUCAUCUGUAAGGCUUGGUAUAGCCUUUGUAAUUUUACAUGAUAGGUACACAAAAUAUGAUCAUCAGAUUUUGGAUGCAAGUGCCAUCUGUAAGGCUAGGUUGAGCUGAAUGCAAUAAAUUCCAAACCUUUUUUAAAGGGGUAUAUUAUAUAUUUCUCAAGACAAGACGACCUUUGCUAAUAAUUA